AUGGAAGCGAGGUCGUCUAUCGUGGGAUUCCGCGGCGCGGAUUGGUCGCAAGAAGGCGACGCGAAGGUUCGCAACCUGUACUUAGAAUACGCCGCGGGCGGCUCCGUCGCGGGGCUUUUGAAAUCCCCAUCGGGGCGCUGCCGCGGGCUCGAUACGUUGACUCUGAAAAAGUUCACUAAGGACGUCGUUAAGGGGCUCUGCUAUCUCCACGAGCGGAGCGUCGUUCACGGAGACAUUAAGAGCCUAAAUCUGCUCCUCACCAGCGACGGCCACGUCAAAAUCGCCGACUUCGGCGCCGCCUUCCGUGUCAGCAGCACCUCCCCCGCCGCCGCAGCCGCCACCACCAUUGCGGCGCGCGAAGUCGCGGGUUGGUCCGCCGCCGCCGCCACCGGCGCAAGCCACGGGCUGCGCGGAACGGCGAACUGGAUGGCGCCGGAGGUGGGGCGCGGGGAGCAGCAGACCCCCGCCGUUGACAUCUGGUCCCUCGGAUGCACGGUUCUCGAAAUGGCGACCGGCCGCCCCGCGUGGUCAGACGUGACAGGUGGCAUGUUCUCCGUGCUUUACGCUGUUUCCUGCACGGACGCGAUGCCGCGGAUUGCGGCGGAGGUUCCGGCGGCGGUGCGCGGGUUUUUCGAGUGCUGCCUGCGGAGGAACCCCCCGGAGCGGUGGACUGCGGCGGAGUUGCUGGCGCAUCCGUUCCUCGCGGAGGUUGCGGAGGGGGGUGAGGGAGAGGAAGUCGCGCGGAAAGCGGCGCUGGUUUGCGCAACUCCGCGUUCCCCGACCUCCCCGUUCGACUACGGCCUCGAUUCCGAUUCCGAUUCUGAUUCGAUUGUACCAGCUGCAGCAGCAGCGGCGAGCGAAUCAUCCAAGCGCAAGCGGUCUGAUGAUGACGAUGACGUGGCAGAUCGCAAGCGUCAGCGCGACGUCUCGGCGGAGCAGAAGCAGUCGUUCCAGUGGCCCAAGUCGGUGCUGUGCCCCGCCGCUGCUGAUUGGAUCGUCGUCCUCGCGCUACGACCCGUCGUUGACGCCUAG